AUGAUAGCAAUAUCUUUAAUACUUUUAUGUCUUUUUUCGAUAGUACAAGCGUUAAUCGAUAAUACAAGUGAUAUAUUUAAUAACGAUAUUAUGGACUUAGUUUAUGUGAAAAAAGAUAACUUAAUCGAACAAACUGCUUUUAGUACUGUAUCCACACCAGAAAAUGGCUCACAUCCCGAAGCUUUAGCUUUACAGGCAAGUAACCGUGAAGCUGAUUACGGUGGGCAUGAACAAAAUUACUAUCAUCACGACCAUAAAUAUGUUUACGAUAAGAAAAAGGAUAAAGGUUUGUCGCAUAUUUUUCAAAUAGCGGUUACAGCUUUAGCAUUUCUGGCAUUCGGUGGUUAUUUGCUGUGUUUAAUUGUACAGGCAGUUAAAUCAAAAACACAAAUGAACGCAGCUCAAAUGGCGGCUACACAAACACAGACAAUUAUACGGCGUCGUCGAAGAAGAAAACCAAUUCGACUACGUCCUUUACGACGUCCGAAACGUGAUACAUAUUUUGAUGAUGAAGAUUUAUGGGAAAACGCAAAUUAUGAGGAUUUAUAUUAUGCUUUAACAACGUUUUCAGAAGGUUAUGCACAAGAUCGACUACAAAGUAAAUAUGUUUUCACAGUCACUUUCUACUUGAUUCAUUCGAUCUCAAAAGAAUUAAGAGAUUUGAAUCCAGAUUGGCUCACGUUAGCUGAAACAGUUAUUGGAUUUUGCAUUCAAGAUAAACGACUAGAUAUUGCAAAAACAUAUUUUGAAUAUUUAAAAACUGAAAAAAUUCAGUUAAAUAAUGCGUUUAUUAGCAAACUUUUACGAUUAUAUUAUGUAUGCUAUAACGAGGCAGCUAUUUCAAAAGAAAUUGAAAUAGAAAUUAUUAAUUUAUGUUCCUUAUUUGAAAAAAAAUUCGAUUUACUCGAUGCAUUUUCAUCAGAAAAUGCCAUUUUGGGUUUAUCGUUAACUAGUAAUUGGAAACAGUGUUUGGAGCAUUUGAAUAACAUCAAGUUAACUGGUAUUGCACCAAAUGCCUUGGUUUACAGUACAAUUAUUGCGGCUGCAUUUAUUAACAAUGAUUUAGAUGUAGCAUGGGAGCUAUUAAGGGAAAUGAUAGACAAUGACCGGGAACCAACAUCCAGAAUGUAUUAUGGAUUACUAAAAUUUUGUGAAAAUAAUGUAUCAAAAUCUGUUGAAAUAUUGGACAACUUAUUUCAAAUACUCAGCAACAGUGAUAUUAAACCUCCAAAAGAAUAUAUCGAUAAACUUAUAGGUCUUAAAAAGCAAUUUAAGCUGUCCGGAAAACUGACAAAAAUUACAAAAAUGGGGAAAUGUUAUUCAUGCGGCAAUUCUCUUUCAUCAAUGACUUUAUCGCAAGACGAAUUUAAUUUACUCCGCACAAGUUUUUACACAAAUGUUAUGGUUGGUAAAAAUGUUUAUACUAAAACUACACCGAAAGAAUUAGAGAAUUUUCAAAAAUUCUUUACAACAGUAGAACCGUUUAAUAUUGUUAUCGAUGGUCUAAAUGUAGCAUACUCUGCGGGUAUUAAGCAUACACCCGAAACAUAUUGCCGUUUGAUAGCGGGUGUAAUAAAAUAUUUUACUGAUCAACAAAAUCGUGUACUAGUACUUGGAAGAGCUCACAUGAGCAAAUGGAAAAAUAUUCAUAUGUCGCAAAUAUUAAAAACUUCGACGUUAUAUUUAGUACAAAAUCUAUCUCAAGACGAUCCAUUUUUAUUGUAUGCAGCUAUGCAUAAUGGGCCCAAAACAGGUUUCGUUAGUAGAGAUUUAAUGCGUGGGCAUUCAUAUCGAUUAAAAGAUCCAAAUUUAAAAAUGUUAUUCCGACGAUGGCAGAAUAAUGUUCAACAUCAAUUGAUUUAUUUGGAUAAUCAAGGGAAUGCUCGCGUUAAGCAUCCAUUACCGUAUGUGCCCAUAGCUCAAAAACAAGAAACAUACUGGCAUAUACCGUUUGAGAUAAAUAUUGAAAAUAAAUCGAAGAAUAUCUCUUCCAAAGUGAAUUCAAUUCAAUGGGCAUGUUUUAAGAUGCCUUCCUGACGUAACAU